UACCGACCCACAAAUUCUGCAGAACGGCAGUGAUGCAGGGCGUCUUUCACCUCAGACCCUCCAACAGGUGUCAUUUUUAGGUCACGGUCCGUGGUCUGAGUCCGACACGACAGAUUUCCUCGAUGCAAGCGAUCUUGACCACGGCAAGAGCCUUGUCGAUCCAACCAUGGAUCAGUCAUCCAUACGCUUCCCUUCCACUGAUAUUUAUCAGUACGACUCGUCCAGUUCCACCUCUUCCACCUCUUCCGCACCUUCUGACGAUUCACACAUCGUUAUACCGCGCUCUCGGCGAGUCCGUGGGCAAAAUUCCAACUCAUCAUCUCCCACACUAUUGUCUGUCAAGGCCAGGCACCAUUCAAGUCCUCGUGCACACCAACCGGACAAAAAGAGUGUUCAACUGCCGGAGCUCAGUGAUGCAUCUGAUGUUGACACGGGCACAGGCCCGUCAAUUUUCUUCGGAAAUGCGCUCCAGCUCGCUUCCCCAUUUUAACUCAAACGUCAAGUCUCAGCCCGGUAAUCCGAACCUAUCCCCCCAGACGCGAUCCAUUCGAAAUAAGUCUGGCCAGCUUAUCAAACCAUCGCUCAAGCACGCGAAGCUUCCCAGCCUGUCGAUUCCCACUGGCACGGGUGGUGGGGUCGUGCAAAGUGAACCCACAACGCCUACCCUUUCGAAGGCAGUACACUUCGACGUCAAGCUCGAGCAUGUCAAAUUGUUUCUCUCCAAGCAAAAGCCUGUUGCAGUGUCGCGAGAUCGUGACCCAGCCACCGAUACCAGCGGUACUGAGAGUGAUUUCCCCUCAUUCGUCCGUGGGCCACCGGACAACUCUACUGAGAAACAGAUCGAGCUUCAGAUUCGUAAUAUGCCAUCCAUCCCGCCAAAAGAUGCGGACGUAAUCAUGCAAGGGUUCACUUUAUCCCAAAGCGAUAAGUCCAUCACCGGACGAGUCCGAGUGCGCAAUAUUGCGUACGAAAAAUGGGUUGCUGCCCGGUUCACCUUGGAUUUGUGGCAGACGACGAGCGAAGUUACCGCCCAUUAUGUGGAAUCUGUGGACGAUGGCAUGUUUGACAUCUUCAUAUUCACGAUAAGGUUGCAUGACAUGUGGUCGCGUAUCGAGGAAAAGACGAUGUUUAUUGCCUUGCGGUAUACUACCGCAGGUAGGCAGUUCUGGGACAACAACAACGGUGCCAACUACAUGCUUAAAUUCGUCGGGAAGCUUGUGACGCGGAAGGCACCCGCUACCGCAGGGUUUCUCAUAGGGGGUUCAGGUCCCGAAGUCAGGUCGGCAAGAGUGGAUAGGGAUCCUUCUCAGGCAUCUCGUUCGCCGCGCUCUUCCGUGGCAUUGACACCAGAAACGCCUCUGUCAGCGAGGUAUAAUUUAGGUUCUGCACUUAACGUAGCUCAAGAUGGGGGCCCUCCUCCCCUAUCUUCCCCAGUUGUACGGACCCCCACGUACCCUACAGAGCUCUCCAGUGCUUGGUCGAAGCAUACUCCUUAUCGCGUCGAUAAGAUACCGCCACGCCAUACUCGAUCCGUUACUAUAGGGUCAUCUAGGGAUCUGGAGAAACACGAGCAGGUGCAGAUUGCGCAGUCAGAUUCUCUAAACCUAGAUACUCCCUUUUCAACACCCCAGUCACGUGCAGCACGCGAACGCAACCAUCGUCGUGGCUAUUUCGAUAGAUCAAUGGGUGGCACACCGCGUAAAACCCUUCCAGGUCCUGCUCUUCUGAGUCCGUUUGAGGAACGGACCCCUACUCGCAGCAGUGAUCCCGUGCAAGGACAGCCAUCCCUCUUCAGCAGGUUUACUGCUCAAAAUAUGGCUCGGAUGAAUAGCGCGAACUCCACUGCUUCUGCGUCUGACUCGAGUUCCCUAACUACUCCGCUUACGUCUUCGGGGCCCAGCACACCCACUUCUUCCGACGACAAGUCCUCUCUUAAUGAUAGCUAUAGCCAAUUUCUUAACCGAUUCUGCUUCUUCACUGGCCCUGGCUCACUGACUAAUCAUUCCUCUGAUUUAAUCACCCGUUCGCAAUCUGCAUCCGAUGUAGAAGCGUUGUUACGCUCUUCUCCUCACGAUUUCUCUUCUCCCUUGCGCGAACCUGCUUUCAAUGGUCCUCGUUCUUGUAGCUUGAAUAGUAUCUCUACUUGUCAGAGUAGUUCGACUACUCCACGCGGAAAUCCAAUGCUCGAUUGCCCCAUUCCAGUGGUCCAUUAACUUAUAAUUUACCUAUAGACUAACGGUACUGGGUUUCACACUACAGUUCAUGGCUUGCCAUUCACGACCCGACAUAUGAUGAAACGGACUUGAGUUAUCUUAUGGCAGUCAUGACAACUUGUACAUUAUGGCACUUCUUCACAUUUCCUUGCACACGGCUUCCUCACAUCGUACAAGCAUUUUCCUUGUUUAUCUUUUCAGC